AUGCACUAUCACGGCGGCGCUAAUAAUGAAAACUUGAAGCAGAGCAACAUUCAGAUGUUAUCGACGCUUAAUGUACGACAGUGGCCUGAUCAGCGCGCUACAAUCAUGUAUAGUAGCGUUCUAUUCAGCCGGGCAACCGAUGAAAUGUUUCUAGCAGCGCGCAAACGUAGUCGUGUGCGGCAGCAAUGGGGUGUGUUAGGUCUCGUCCAGUUAUCAAGCCAGAAAUUUUAA